GCAAGACGUGUUACUCCUCAAUUCUUUCACUCUUGAUUCACGACAGUAUUUUUUUCUUUUUCUUUUUCUUUUUUUUUUCAGCCGCCUAAACCCCAUCCCGUCGAUCGAGAUUAAUAACUUCAUCUCAUCAUGGAGGGCGCAGCAGGGAGCAGCCCACUCUCAUCACCACCAGCGAGCGUCGUCCAAGUCGCCCUGGGCAGCCCCAUCGGCAAGGAGGACCAAUCGCCCGUCCCGAGUGAUCAUCAGGAAGCGACGGCUGGAUCGCUGGACGUCUCUCCAAAGGAAUCCUCGGCGACUGGGCAUAAAGAAAAGGCCCAAGGAAAGGCCUCUGCAAAGGCCAAGGAAAAAAAACGGGCGACUCAAGACUCUGAUGAGGGAACCCAGUCUAGCACUCAAAAGCGCAAGGCCAGCGUUUCCCGAAAGACGGCGCCCGUGAAGAAGGCUCGGCACACGGCAUCUGAAGCUCGGAAAACCUCGGCGCAGGACAAGAAAUGGGAAGCCCCGUUUGUCUUCACCGACCCAAGGUCCCCGCUCGCAUACGCUGAUCUAAGAGUACGCGCCCCGUCCCUGUCGCUCAAGGACUUGAACGUACUAACAUCGCCUUCAAAGGCAAUCCUACUGCACCCAGAUGCUUGGGAUGUCCUGACUCCGGAGGAGAAGAAGGAAGUGUUGGCCAAGUGUCCGGAUGGGACCCCUAUUCUGGAUGCAGGCACCGAGGCCGCCCGCCCAGACCUGGCGUCGCUGGCCAACGACGACAACUUCCGCUACGAUUGUGUCCGCUAUUGCGAGAACAUUGAGCUCGGCCGCCACGACGAGGAAUGGCUGAGGCAGGCCUGGGUGGCCCACGAAAAGCAUAAGCGAGGUGAUUAUGACGACUUUCUCCGGGAGCAGUUCGAGGAAGACUGGGGCAUCCAAAUGCCGGUCGAAAGCAAGGCUCAGGAAUCCGAGCCACCGGACGCCUACAAAGACGUUACGACUGAUGCUGCCUGCCCAACCCCUCCCGAUGCUCCGGAGGCUUCCGAAGAAAAGGGCUCUUCCCCGCGGCCAUCCAAGCCACCGGACCGUUCCCCUUCAACCCAACAGAGUUCCGAUACCCGCAACGAUCACGCCAACUCGCGUGCGGUCCCACAGGGGCAAGAAGUGGCCGCAUCAACUCUUGCUGCCCAGUCUGAUUAGGAGUCGGACGAGCUAGCUAGAGAGGAGACGUCAGACGGAAGUGCUGCUGCAAAGGCACACAACCCGGCGAACAGACGGGGCCCAGAGGUGACAGGAAGACAGUCACUCCGGGACCUUGCAAAGCCAAAGGACGAGCCGGGCAGUCGGUAUCCAACCCUGUCAAGGGAUCUGAGGGUGAGCUGGUUGUCGAGUUGAAACAGCGCCGUCGCCGGCGGCGGAGCUGGGACUGAUGGCAUGUACUAGUAUGGGAUUCGUUUUCCUAUUGGGCCCCUCAUGUUCCUGCGUUUGCUUGUCUAUCUAUCAUUGCCAACUCCGGACUCCAUUCCGUGCUUCUUCAUGGGAUUGAGAUGAUCAACGAAUAAGCGAGGCACAACGGGCAGACAUAACCGGCAGGGUCUGGGUGGGAGUUAGAACCGGGGACACGGCGUACUGCAUUUGUUAAGAGGG